AUGAACAACAACAACAACUCUUUCAGCUCCUCGUCACUAUUCCGUACUCUAUCAUCCAUAGAAACACCAAGUACGAAAGUCAAGUCCAGUCGCAAACGCAUUUGUCCAACGAAUGACCAAACCGACGCGAAACACAAAAAAUCGCGUAAAAGUCGUCGGAUUCACGAUUUUCCACCCGAGUCUCUUGCGCCGUAUUUUCACUUGCCCCAGAGCCAAGCAGCAAAGGCCCUUGAUGUUGCGGUUAUUACAAUCAAGCGGAAUUGUAAGCGCUAUGGCUUUCGAUGGCCUUAUCGAGCCAACAAAUAUAAAGCUGGCAAGAAAUUUGUACUGUCUGAAAAAGGACGUGCAUUCCACAACCUUCCAUUCGAGUGUCUAAAGGCAGAAAUGCAAUCUGCACCACUGAAAACAACGUCAGAUGAAAGUGGUAGCGAGUGUGACACGGAUACGGAGAGUAUCGAUAAUGGAGAACACGUGACAAAGGACUAUGGUCAAAUUUUAGUUUCCUUGCACAAGGUGCCAAUGAAUCAUGACAUUGUAGAGGGAAAGAUUAGAUAA